AUGAAGAUGUUCUCAGUGGCUCACAAGACAGUCUUCGUGGUGGACCAUUGUCCCUACAUGGCUGAGUCCAGUCGUCAGCAGGUGGAAUGUGAUGUGCUGACCAAAAGCCGAGGUCAGGGAGUCAUCCCUUUGGCCCCCGUGUCCAAAUCCUUGUGGACGUGCGCUGUAGAAUGCUCCAUGGAAUACUGCCGCAUCCUCUAUGACAUUUACCCAUUGGAUAAAUUGAUUAAUUACAUUGUGAGUGACUCGGAGUUCCACUUCCUGAAUAGCUGGAAACGUGAUUGCCAGAGCACUCAUGAUCUCAUGUCAGCUCUGGCCACGGUGGGGCCACCCAACCCGCGCGAGGACCCCGAGUGCUGCAGCAUUCUUCAUGGGCUGGUAGCAGCCGUGGAGUCGCUGUGCAAGAUCACCGAGCUCCAGCACGAGAAGCGCAUAGCCCUGAUGGACACGGCUGACCGAGUGGCCAACCGUGGUCGUAUUAUCUGCUUAACAAAUGCUAAAAGUGACACUCACGUGCGCAUGUUGGAGGACUGCAUUCAGGAGACCAUUUUGGAGCAAAACAAGCUGGCAGCAGGAUCAGACAGGCUGAUGGGCAUCCAGCAAUGUGAAUUAGUCCUCAUUCACAUUUACCCUCAGGGCGAUGACACGCUGGUGUCGGACAGGCCCAAGAAAGAAGUGUCGUCUCUGCUGACCAGUGAGGUUCACAGCGUGCGGGCUGGAAGACACUUAGCCACCAAGCUCAACAUUCUGGUGCAACAACACUUCGAUUUGGCCUCGACCACCAUCACUAACAUUCCCAUGAAGGAAGAGCAGCACGCCAACACGUCAGCCAAUUACGACGUGGAACUCCUUCAUCACAAGGACGCCCAUAUUGAAUUUUUUAAAAGCGGAGACUUGCAUAUGGCCGGCACUAGCACGCGGGAAAAUGGACUAAAAGAAACAGUGACGCUCAAGUGGUGCACGCCGAGAACUAUCUCCAUAGAACUGCACUACUGCACAGGAGCUUAUCGCAUCUCCCCCACCGACGUCAACAGUCGUCCUUCAUCGUGUUUGACCAACUUUCUCCUCAAUGGUCGAUCAGUGCUCCUGGAGCAACCGAGGAAGUCCGGGUCGAAGAUCAUCAGCCACAUGCUAAGCAGCCACGGCGGUGAGAUCUUCCUGCAUGUUCUCAACAGCAACCGCUCCACACUUGAGGACCCGCCGUCUAUCAGCGAGGGCUGCGGCGGCCGAGUCACAGAUUACCGCAUCACUGAUUUCGGCGAGUUUAUGAAAGAAAACCGCCUGACUCCUAUUUCUGAGGCCUCCCAUCAUCCAUCCGCCAGACUGCCGGCGGAGCGUGCCAAAGCGCAACUUGAACGUCACACGCGUUACUGGCCCAUGAUCAUUUCCCAGACCACUAUUUUCAACAUGCAGGCAGUUGUUCCUCUGGCUAACCUGAUCGUGAAAGAGGCUCUCACUGAAGAAGACGUUCUCACCUGCCAGAAGACCGUCUACAACCUGGUGGAUAUGGAGCGAAAGAACGACCCGCUUCCUAUCUCCACUGUGGGUUCCAGAGGAAAAGGACCAAAGAGAGACGAACAGUACCGCAUAAUGUGGAACGAGCUGGAGACUUUAGUGAAAACCCACGCCGGGGCCACCGACAGGCACCAGAGGGUUCUCGACUGCAUCAUCGCCUGCCGCAGUAAACCUCCCGAGGAAGAAGAGAGGAAGAAACGAGGCAGGAAGAGGGAGGAUAGGGAAGACCGGGCAGAGAAAAACGGGGGCAAGGAUCUGGAGGAUAAAAGCUGGAAGGACUCAGAAAGGAUAAAAAUCCUGCCUGAUAAAGAGGAUUUGGAGUCUGAAGUCAUCAAAGAUUCGCCAGACUCUCCCGAACCCCUAAACAAGAAACCUCGCCUGAACACUGAUGAAGUGGAGUCACCAGAGGGCGCCAAAGGUCCUGUCUCGCUGCUCUCUCUGUGGACUAAUCGGAUCACCGCCAAGUCCAGAAAGCGUCGGGAGUUCAUAGGGAGAGCGCGUUCGGUCAACAGCAAGUUUGAGCUGUACCAGCAUCUCAAAGAUGAAAACGGGAUGGACAUUCAUGAAAACGGCAAGGCCUCCAGAUGA